AUGGUACCUGGACGGUGCCGAACUCGGAGAGAACCUACCAGGUGCUCUGUAACCUCUUCACCUCCCACGCUGAACGAUGAUCCUUCCCCAAGAAGGUGUAUGGCUAGGCGCUUCAGGGCAGCUGGACACAUUAUAAAAGACUCUCAUUUUCCGCUCCUUGAGAUACCCUCCUUACAGCCCAAUCACUCUGAAAUCAACACUCAAAAGUCAUUCUCUCUUUCAUAUCUAAAUUCCAAAAUGAAGCUUACCGGAGCUGUCUUGGCCAGCCUUGUCGGCUGCGUUGCUGCCCUGCCCCCAGCGCCUUUCUUCAACGGCCCUCCUCCCCCUCCUUCUGGCUCCGUGGCUCCCGCUCCUGAGGAAUCCUCUUUCCCUCCUCCGCCUCCCCCUAGCUCCGUCUCCGGUGCUCCUCCCUCCGCGACCCCCGAGCCCUACGAGAAGCGCCAGUUCGGUGGCCCGUUCGGUGGCCCCCAGCCUUCCGGUCCCCCCGCUGGUCCCUCCGGUUCUUUCGGCCCCGCCCCCUCCGGCUCCCCUGAAGGAUUCGGUAGACGUCAGUUCGGUGGUUUCGGCGGCUUCGGUGGUCCCUUCGAUUCCGCUCCUUCUGCUACUCCCUCCGCCUUCCCCGGAGGCGGCUUCGGAUUCGAACAGCGUCAGUUCCCCGGUCCCGCUGAGUCCACCCCCGCUGGUCCUCCUCCCUCCGGCACUCCUUCUCCCGUCCCAUUCGGUGACUUCGGUGACUUUGGUGGCUUCGACAAGCGUCAGUUCGGUGGCCCCAUCCAGUCUGCCCCCGCGGGUGCUCCCUCAGGUGCCCCCGGUCCUGCCCCCUCUGAGGGCCCCGGCGGCUUCGGAGGCUUCGGAGGCUUCAAGCGCCAGUUCGGAUCUCCUGCAGAGGGACACGAGCAAGGCCCUCAUGACCAGGCUCCUCCCUUCCCCAGUGGCGUCCCUUCCUUCGCUCCUUCUCCGGUCCCUACCCCGUCGGGUGCCAUUGAGGAGCGCCAGUUCGGUGCAUUCCCUACACCGACUCCUGUCCCCAGCGGCCCCGCUGGUGGCUGGUAA